GAAAUGACUUUGCGCCCUAAAAACUACCUAGUUUUUUUUUGACAUUUUGUAGGUUUUUUACAUGAUACCCGUGCCGGAUUGAAUGCGUACAAGAUAUUAUUUUCGAGCACGUGACAUACGUGAUCUCUCUCAUUCACAUUGAAUUCUUGACAUCAAUGACCCUCUAUCCAUACUGUAUGUUCGUAUUUCGCAUUGAACAUAAAAAAUUCCUCCAUUACUGAUGUAUAGGAUUUGAACGAUGUGUUUGGUGACUAUUGAAUGUAGGCAUGAAGCUUUAUGUCAACGUCUAUUUGAGUUUGAAAUUGAAUAAGUGUCAUCCUCUAAAUAAUUAUACUAAAACAUACAUAUUUAUUCUAGACGUAAUUCACAGACAUUCAUUAUAUUCCUUAUACACACAACUUGCUAUAAUAUAUGAAUACGAAAAUAGUAGAUAUACACAAUAUAUAUUAGAUUUAAUUGAACACAACAUUAACCAUCUAAUAAUGGGGUGAU